AGCUGAUCAACCCUCUCUUAUUUACUACGAGUCUGUGCUGUCAGUUGGGCAACUCGCUUCAUGAUAUCGCGAGAAAAACCGUGAACAUAGCAACAAGACAACCAAAAUAAAUUGUUGUGAACAGUUCUGAGUGAACGAUGGCGGCGUCGCUGCUACGCCGGGACAAGAAAACUACAGCUGCUCACUUAAAGGCAGACCUCAAUCGGACUGACAACAGCUCCGGGGUCCGGCAACUUCAGGAACUGCUAAAUAAUGUGCUCAAUCCGGAGAAACCGGCGGCGGACCCCGAGGCCCUGGACUGGUGUAAAUAUCUUCUGGCAGGAGGCGACGGUUUCGAGGAGUUCUGCAAAACCGUCCGCUCCUACGAUAACGCUACGCUGUGCGGCUUGGUCUGGACUGCUAAUUUUGUAGCAUAUCGCUGUCGGACCUGUGGCAUUUCGCCCUGUAUGUCACUCUGUGCUGAGUGCUUUAACAACGGCGACCACACGGGCCAUGAUUUUAAUAUGUUUAGGAGUCAGGCUGGCGGGGCCUGCGACUGUGGAGACGGUAAUGUCAUGCGAGAAAGUGGGUUUUGCAGAAGGCAUCGGUUAAGAACCGGCGAGAAUAUUCCAUCAGUCCCUAGAGAUCUGCUGCUCAUGUCUGAGAUGGUUCUUCCUCGUUUUAUCAUCAGCUUAAUCCAGUACCUGAGGGAUGGUUACACAGAGUCAGAAUCGGCCACAAACAGAGAUCUGCAGAAGGUCCUUCAGCAUCUGGAGCCUCAGAUAUCGUUCCUAGAAGACCUCACUAAAAUGGGUGGAGCCAUGCGCACAGUCCUCACAAAAAUCUUAACCAAUCAGCAGACCUUUAAAGAACUGAGCAUGGGCCAAGAGGAGAAUACGUAUGCAAAGAGAAACUAUGAGAAGUACCUGUCUGCACUUAAGAACUCUGGUCUGGUGUCAGUGGAGGAUAAGGGCUUGGCUGGGGCAGGGGCAGGGGCAGCAGAUCCUUCAGCUGGGGCUGGAACUGGAGCACUUGGCUUACUGGGUGCUACAGCAGCAGUCAGCCCAAACGAAGAAAUUAAAGAGGAGGAUCAGGAUGGAGGGCAGAGUGUAGGCCAGAGAAAAAGAGUAAAGCUGAGUAGCAGUACCAAAGAUUCAUCUAUAAUGGACGUUCUAAAACACAAAUGUUUUUUAGAGGAGUUAUUGUUUUGGACUAUUAAAUAUGAGUUUCCACAGAAGAUGGUUACUUUUUUACUUAACAUGUUACCAGAUCAAGACUAUAAGAUCACUUUCACUAAAACGUUUGUCCAGCACUAUGCCUUUAUCAUGAAGACUCUGAUGAAGAGCCACGAAUCAGACACAAUGUCCAACCGGAUAGUUCAUAUCAGCGUACAGCUGUUCAGUAACGAAGAGUUAGCACGUCACGUCACUGAGGAGUGCCAGCUGCUGGACAUCAUGGUCACUGUACUGCUCUACAUGAUGGAGAGCUGCCUUAUCAAAAGUGAGCUGCAAGAUGAGGAGAACAAUCGUCACGUGGUGGUGAACUGCGGCGAAGCCUUGUUGAAGAACAACACCUACUGGCCUUUAGUUAGCGACUUUAUUAAUAUUCUCUCUCACCAAAGUGUAGCCAAGCGUUUUUUGGAGGAUCACUCGCUGCUCAUGCUCUGGAUGACCUUUGUCUCCUUUUUUCAAGGAAUGAACCUUAACAAGAGGGAGCUGAACGAACAUGUGGAGUUUGAAUCACAGACGUACUAUGCGGCUUUUGCUGCUGAACUCGAGGCGUGUGCUCAGCCCAUGUGGGGACUACUCACACACUGCAAAGUCAAAGAAACACAGGAGUACACUAAAACAGUAGCUCGCUACUGUCUGGAAACCUUACAGAUAUGGUUUGAUGCCAUUGGCUUUGUUGAUGAGCCUGCGUCCAAUCAGAUAACGUUUCAUUUGCCGUUACACCGCUAUUAUGCCAUGUUCCUUAGUAAGGGGGUGAAGUGUCAGGGGCUGGACUUGGACAGUCUUCUCCCUGAUCAGGAAAUGCUGAUGAAGAUUAUGGUGCACCCUCUUCAGAUACAGGCAUCUCUGUCUGAGAUUCACAGCAACAUGUGGGUGAGAAAUGGAUUACAGAUUAAAGGGCAGGCUAUGACAUACGUCCAGUCUCACUUCUGCAACUCUAUGAUAGACCCAGACAUCUUCCUUUUACAGGUGUGUGCAUCACGACUAGAUCCAGACUACUUUAUUUCUUCAGUGUUUGAGAGGUUUAAAGUAGUGGACUUGUUGACGAUGGCUUCACAACACCAGAACGCCGUGCUGGACGCAGAGCAGGAACGACCCAUGCUAGAGGGGGCUCUCACUUUCCUUGUCAUAUUGUGCAGCCUCCGCAUACACCUGGGCAUGACUGACGAUGAGAUACUGAGGGCAGAAAUGGUGUCACAGUUGUGUAUGAACGACCGCACACACAGCUCUCUUCUUGACCUUAUCCCAGAGAAUCCAAAUCCUAAAAGUGGGAUAGUGCCUGGCAGUUGUAGCUUUGAGGAGAUGCUGUCUGCUGUGGCUGAUUUUAAAGCUCCAGUGUCUGAGCCUGGUGGCUCCAUGCAGCAGGGCAUGUACACGCCUAAAGCGGAGGUCUGGGAGAAAGAGUUUGACCCCAUCAUGGUGAUCCUGCGUACAGUUUACCGGCGAGAUGUCCAGUCAGCGAUGGACAGAUACUCAGCAUUUUUGAAGCAGUCUGGUAUUCACACUGGUAACCCCUGGCCUCCGUAUAAGGAAAGGACCCCCCUGCACCCAUGCUAUAGAGGACUAGUGCGUCUGCUGCACUGCAAAACGCUGCAUAUCGUCAUCUUCACCUUGCUGUACAAGAUCUGGAUGGACCAUCAGAACAUGUCUGAGCAUGUGCUGUGUAUGGUGCUGUAUUUGGUUGAGCUCGGUAUGGACAACCAUGCACAAGAGGAUAAAGAGGAUGAAGAACCAUGUAUUGAGGAGCACUGCCAUGACAGCUGGUUCCCUGGCACCAGCCUGCUUUCCAAUCUGCACCAUGUCAUUAACUUUGUACGGGUGCGAGUGCCUGAGACGGCCCCAGAGGUGGAAAGAAAAAGGGAACGGGAAAGAGAAAGGGAAAGGCAGCGCGAGACGCCUCCCAGCACCAGCACUGAUGCAUCAACCUUUGGACAGAGCUCCAGAAGGCUGACAGGGAAUUGGAGAGAGAACUUGCGUGAGGCUCAGUUGUUCAGUCUGGUGGCAGAGCGCAGGAGGAAGUUCCAGGAGAUGAUAAACCGCAGUAACCACGAAGCGAACCAGGCUGUACGGCCGAAGUCGUCUUCGCGCUGGCUUCCCCCAGGCUCUCCUCCUCAGAUGGUCACUGAGAUUCUAGAGAUUCGUGAGAGCAUGUUGUCCCUGCUGGUCAAACUGCACGAGAAACUGUCAGCCAAGCAGAACUCACUGACACCGAGCUGGCUGGAGGAGGCAGAGCCAGCAAACCAUUCGCAUGGAGACGGUAUCACUGCUAUCGAGAGGAUCCUGGCCAAAGCAGCAUCACGCAGCAGACAUAGCAAGAGAUGCCUGCAAGAGAUUUGUGGCAAAGUGUGUCCUCCUGUGCCUCCUAAAAAGAACAGUCCAGGAGAAAAGAAGAGCAUGGAUAAAGAGGAGAGGCGGCAGAGGGCCAGGGAGAGACAGCAGAAGCUACUGGCUGAAUUUGCCUCCAGGCAGAAAAGCUUCAUGGAGACAGCCAUGGAUGUUGAAUGUCCUGAAGUGGAGGCAGUGAUGGACGUUAGCUCAGUCGAGCCUCUCGACUCUGAGGUUCUCUAUGACUGUGUAAUAUGCGGCCAGAGCGGCCCGUCUACUGAUGACAGACCUACGGGCCUGGUGGUGCUACUACAGGCGUCCUCAGUAUUAGGGCACCGCUGCUGCAGCGAUCAGGCAAAGCGGCUCCCUACCAGUGAUGACGAACGGAUCUUCCCUGAGGACACGUGUGGGGCAAUUAGCGAUGUUAGACUGUCACUUAUGCAACGUUACUUUAAAGAGAGUUCCUGUCUGCAGUCGGUCUCCAUUGGCUGGGAUGGUGGUGUGUAUGUACAAACCUGUGGACAUACGCUGCAUAUAGACUGUCACAAGUCCUACAUGGAGUCUCUGCGGAAUGACCAGGUUUUGCAGGGUUUCUCGGUGGAUAAAGGCGAAUUCACGUGCCCGCUGUGCCGCCAGUUUGCUAACAGUGUCCUGCCCUGCAAGCCAGGUUGUGGUACUGAGGCGGGCUCCUGGCACACACCCAGCAACACAAACCUGGCCACACUAGUGAAAGAAGUGGAGGAGCUGCAGGAACAGUUGACCAUCUUUCCCGUAAGCACCAGUACGGAGUCUAACCUGACUAAAGAGAUGGAGUCUGUGAUUAAAGACAUAAAGAAAACCACGCAGAAGAAGUACAUGGACUAUGGGAAGAACCCUGGCUCACCUGAUAAUGACUUCCUCUUCAUGUACUCAGUGGCCAGGACAAAUCUGGAGUUGGAGGUGGUUCAUCGUGGUGGGAAUCUGUGCAGUGGGGGGGCGAGUGCUGCAGCAAAACGCUCCUGUCUCAAUCAGUUGUUUCAUGUAUUAGCCAUGCACAUGCGUCUCUACAGUAUCGAUUCUGCGUAUAAUCCCUGGACUCGACUCACGCAGAUCACUCCGCAAAGAGAGCCAGAAGACGAGGAUGAUGGGCACCCCGAGGUUCCAAUGCUGUUCAGAGAUGUUCCCUCCCUACUCAUUAUUUUUGUGCUCACUAUGCCUCAGCCACUGCGCAAAGAUCACUUCACAACAUUUGUGAAGGUGCUAUACACACUGCUGUAUACUCAGGCCUUGGCUGCUCUGUCCAUAAAACUGAGCCCUGAGGAGAGAUUGGCCUGGUGCAACAGCGGGGCAGCCAAGAAGAAUUUGCCAAACGCAGGGAACUCAUGGGAAGCACUCCUGAGUCAUGUGAUCAGUGAGCUCACAAAGGCCAAGGGAAGUUAUGACAAUAGCUCUAUUGACAGCAUGUUUAGUGCCACUGUAUGGUCUCCUAAAUCCAUAGAGUUUACAUUGCAGCAGUUCUGUUUGCCAUUCAUGCGUCUGUCAUGUCUUCUUCAACAUCACCUCUACGGAGACAAUCUACCCGGCUGCCUGCUAGAGGAGGAAUUCUCAUUGCUGGCAAGAGGUUUGGGUUUGCUGUCUGCGCCGAUCCAGCCCAGUACCUCUGUGAACAGUUCAGGAUACCUGGAAUGGAAUUUCAACGCCUUUGAACUCAUCUCUCAGUGGUGUUCUGAGCUCAUCAUCCUGGCAGACACACCUUCACAACACUCUAUGUCUCUGUUGCCGCAGAACCCUCAGUGGUCUGCUCCUCGUCUGCUGCAGCUUCCUGAAAACUACAACACUAUCUUCCAGUACUACCACAGGAAGGCCUGCACUGUGUGCAAUAAGACACCCAAGGACCCAGCUCUAUGCCUUGUGUGUGGAGCAUUCGUCUGUCUCAAGGGCCUGUGCUGCAAACAGCAAGGUGUCUGCGAGUGUGUGCUGCACUCUCAGCACUGUGGAGCUGCAACAGGGAUCUUCCUCUUAAUAAAUGCCUCUGUGAUCAUCAUCAUCCGUGGUCAUCGCUUCUGUCUAUGGGGGUCUGUUUAUCUGGAUGCUCAUGGAGAGGAAGACAGAGACCUACGUCGUGGCAAGCCUCUGUUCCUGUGUGAGGAGAGAUACCGUGUGCUGGAGCAGCAGUGGGUGUCGCACACCUUUGACCACAUUAACAAGCGCUGGGGUCCCCACUACAACGGACUUUAACACGUAAACCCCACGCCCAGAGGAGCCAGAUCACAGUGGGCAUCAGUGCCAGCCUCUCCCUCUUUUUUUGAUAUAUCCUGUCAUGUAAUAUAAAAACUAUGCUGUGAGUGAAUUGCUGCUACAGCCUUGGUUAUGUGAAGUUUAGUGUACAAUCAUGCCUAAUGACUAACAGCGUGUGUGUGUUUUUUUUUUUUUGUUUGUUUUUUUAAUGAUUUUUUGAUGCAUUUGAAAGGGGAAGAGAUUUUAAUCUUUGUUUUUGGGACUGGCUCACAGUGAAAACACAAAUUUGCCCACUUCUGAGUGCAUUUAUUUAAGUGCUGUUUGUUUAAACCUCUUGGCUACUGUUUAGUGCAUUGGAGAGUAAAACUCCACAGAUGGUUGUUGUGUCUGAAACAUUUAGAAGAUCUUGAAAAGUCCACAGCCUACUGUAUAAAUGGAUAUCUUAGCCAUUAUGAAAGCCUGGAGGCAUUUGAUUUCUCUUAACUGCAAUUUAAACAGAGGUACCAAACUGGAACCAGACAUCGAGCAUCAUCACGCAACCCUACAUCAAAUGCAGCGAGCAAUCAUUUUCAUCCUACAUGCUCAUAACUCAGGCCAUUAAAUGCUCGUACGGGAUAAAAGUUGAGCUUUCUUUGUUUUACAGAAAUCAUCAUUGAAUGCUAGAACAAAAAUUACCUGCCCAUCGAGGCCUAGUUACUUCCAUCCUCAGGAAUUUUCUUUUCUGUAGUUAAAUAACUUUUAAUAUUUAAAUAAAUAUUGCUAUUUGAUGUUCAUAGUAUAAUAGUUAAUUCUAUCAUUGUAUAAAUGAUUUCAGGCUGUGGCAGAAGGCACUGCGGUGAUGGCUGUCAGCUAGCUAUUUGCAGUUGAGAGACCAGUUUGCAUCAACCUUGCCAAUCUCUCAGCUUUUCUUAACCUAACCGGUUAAAUCACAGUACUUCUGGCUAAAAGCUGGAGUAAAUGUUCUGUAUUGGUAUUUAUGUAAUGUUUUACAGAGGCAUCCAGAAUCGCUGUUUCCAUCCCGAAUGGUCAAGAUCUUUUAUAGUCAAACCCCAAGCUCAUUUUUGAACAGCAACUGCGUUGCUUUCACAGUUUAUAUUUAGACCGGGUUUAGAAAACACUUCAUUUGGUCCUUGAUGAGUGUAUCGUAGUAUCUUUACAUCAGCAUCCGCAACAAAUGCAAUUAUACUAGCAUAAAGCGAUCCUCUGAAGAGAAAAUCAGUUAUUUUCAUGUCGUAGGCCUGCAUUUUCCUGCUCUGUCUAGAGCUGAAAUGCAAUAUCUGAGGGUCAGGAUUAAAGCACUUGUGGUUUCAUAAUGUUCCUAAUGAAAUACAUUUUUUAACAUGUUUAAACAGCACAUUUAUCUCAGAUUCAACACAAGGCAAAAAAGUUGUGAAUUGGAUUUGCUUAAAAAAAAAAAAAAAAAAAUUAAAAUAUUUGGAUUCUUUUCCAGUUACUAGGAUUAAAAUCAGGACAUACAUCAACAAGUAUUUCAGAAUGUAGAUUUCUUUCUCUUUUUUUUUUUUUUUUUUUGCAUAGGUAUACUUUUAUAUUAAUGUCUAGCCCCCUUCAUAUGAUAUUGAUCUACAUAUAAGAAAUUAUUUCACAAUAUUUAUUAGAUGUUUUUGUAUGGGAUGUGUGUAAGAGGUUCAUGAGUGACACUACGAAGAGUUUGUUUCUUUACAUUGUUGGAUAAAAUGUUCUGUUGGUAUGUGUUGCUCAUUUCUGUCAGCUUUCUCUUAAGAAACUAAAAUGGUCACAAUUAAGUGACUCGCACACAAGAUCCAGAAUAUGAUCUGUUUCAGGCUUUGAAAAAAAGCUUUCAUUGCUGUGUGUUUAUUUCUUUUUUCCCUUCUACCCUAUUUUUAAAGUCCCCUUUCUACAUCUGUCAUAAGAAGAAGUCACCAAUGAACACCAUAAAGGAUGUUUUGAUUUUGUACUUCACCUUAUUGUGAAGCUAUUAGGUAUUGGUUCUCAAUGCUGCACUUACACAAUGCUGGAGGGAAAUGCCCAGCACUUCAGUUCUUAGUUCCUGUCCUUAUCUUGUCUUGAAAUCUUGCAUGCUGCUGGUUUUCUUCUCUUUAUUUUUCUCUUUUUCUUCUUCAGCCCAGAUAUUAUAUAAUUGGACAGAGUUUUUGCAAAAAUGUAAUGGGUAUAUAUUGGAAUGGAAAGCCGCAAUGUUGUGUGUGUGUGUGUGUGUGUGUGUGUGUGGUUUGAGGUGUGAGGUGAGUGAGUGAGGCAGAAAUACAGUACAUUACUGUAGGUGCUGAUUCCAACUUUCAGAUUGCAAAUCAGAAAGGGUGGCAGACAUUUAAUGCAAAAUGUAACAUAUGUGAAUAAAAUAUAACAAUACUCUGA